CUUUGAGGACCGCUAGCAUAUGCUUCUAACUCUCUAUCGAACUUCGAAGUCUACGUAGAUAAGACCUACUACUCCUAAUUUACAUCCACUUACCUUGAAAGAUAUAUAUGUCGAGGUAGAAUAGAGAGCCUCACGACACAUCGCAAACCGUAGAUCUAGAAGCUAUAUUCUGACGGUCGUGUCUUGGCGGUAAGGCUAGCGUGCGACAAAGCCACUACUAAAUCCAUCGUGUUGGGUGAGACCAAUGUCACCGUCGUCUUAUACACACAUCGCCCCCAAUAACUGGCCAACAAAAUCUCAGCCGACAUAAAUAGCAAAGCUAGGGCCUAAGCAGUGCAACAAUUGCACAUCACCGGCCACCCCGACAUUGUCAGCCCUAACAAAUAGAGAACUUAAGUCCCUAGAAGAUGAGCAGUCAUAAAGUCAAUAAGGCUCGCCCCAUCAAGUGAGUAUGUUAGUUUCCUCUCUCCCGGGUUUUCGUCUUCUCGAUCCCAAGUUACCCUCCAUCACCCUCAACAGCUAGAACACCAUUAGAGGAAAUCCUAAAAACAGGAUGUCGAGAUUGUCGCUUGCUCUCAAAGUUGCCGUAGGCCUGCUUAUGGUUGAUUCGAUCAUCGAAUUAGCAUUCGUCAGUAGCAUGGUCGCAUGGCUGCAUCGGACAGCUAGCAAGGGAUUCUUAUUCAACUAUGGCGGCUCAACAUAUCAUCUAGUCGGCGAACCAGUCCAUAUAAUGACGGACCAAGGACAUACUAGUAACGGCGCCGCUGGAACUGCCUUCGUUCUCAUCGGGUUGGGCGGCAUACUCGUAUUAUUGCUUCGGUCUUGGUCUCAGAAUAAAUAUGGCGGACUGGGAAGCUUCGCACGAUUUAUAUAUUACCUCUGGGUAUCGCUAAAUAUUCCGGCAUUCCUCCUCACCACCGGGGCUCUCGCCUAUGUGUUCGCAGUUACAAACGCGCACGAGGGGCAAAGCAUUUACGUCCCCUUAGCUAGCACUUUGGAUGGUAGCAAGUACCCAUUGGAGUUCUGGACGCCACAGAAUUGGUUCUCGGCUGUUCUUCAGCUAGACCUGGCCGACGCGAGAGACGAUAUAGAAAGUCACGUACGCGUUAUGAGGGGGUGGCAGUAUAACUUGAUUCCGAUGUUCAUCGUUCAGCUUGGCGUUACUAUUCUUGCGGUAUGGGAAUUCCUCGGCUGGCGACGGCAAGAGGUCUUUAAUCGCGGGGAGAAAUAGUAAAAGAGGGUAAUGAGUAUCUACAAGUUGCCUGGAUGUCUUUUCGCGUUUGGAGUUUAGGUAUGAUGGAGAAAUCUGGCAAAAUGUCAUUAUGCUUCUGUUAAAAUAAGGGGGGAGACUCUCGGGGUUAUAAGUUUGACUUCCUCGUCUAUUAAGAGCCCAGCCCAGCCACAUUCAUUAUGUUCUCAUGUUGGGCUUCAAUACAGCCAUCACCGGCGCACUACCGGUAGAUACCUGGUACCUAAGGUAUUUAAGAUGCCCUUCAUAUUUGAGAUAUACAUGUAGCAAAAAGAGUAAACAGAAUUAUCUUGGCAUUUUUUACCUCAUAUAUUUAAGUCGAAUAUUGAUACAAAAAAGAGUUGAAC